UCGUGCGAUCGCCUCGCAAACAAGUGAGAGGGAGAUUCGGGUUUUCCCCCGGCUCGCGUCCAUAUGCAUGCCAUGAUCGAACGAACGGAUUUACGGAAUUCCAACUAUGAGUUGGACAUUAGAUACACCGUGCAGGUGCACAGAUUGAUUAUGGGACUGAUUGGCAUAUGGCCGAACCUGGAGAAACCUCCGAAACUGACGAGAUUUCUCAGAGGACUCGUUAGGACCGCGUGCUGCUUCCUGCUAUCCUUCAAUCUGAUACCGUGGACGCUGUACAUGUUUCUAAUCGUGGAUACGUUCAAGAGCCGACUCAGAAUGACGGGCGCGCUCUGCUUCUACAGCAUGGUACCUGCCAUGUACUGCACGCUGAUGUUACGGGAAGAUCGUAUCAAGGAAUGCAUGAGACAUAUGCAAGAAGACUGGCGAAACGUACAGGACACGAACGAUCGCAGAAUCAUGUUGGACAAAGCCAAGGCCGGGCGAUUCAUUCUCAUUUGCACCACGCUGUUCCUCUUCAUCAGCGGCUUCACUUACCGUCUGAUUCAGCCCAUAGCCCGCGGCAAGAUCGUGAUCGGGAAUGUAACGAUCAGACCGCUGGUGCAGGGUAACUACUUUAUCUUCUUCGAUCCGCAGCUGAGUCCCGCUUACGAGAUCGUGUUUUCGAUGCAUUUGGUGACCGGCAUCGUCAUAUACGUUGUGAAAACCAGCGUCUGCGGGAUCACCGCGUUGUUCACCAUGCACGCUUGCGGACAGCUCAAGAUGUUGGCCGUUUGGUUGGAGAAUUUGGCGAACGAGGAUCAAUGGUCGAAAGAUCGCGUCGUUGCGCUGAGAUUGGCGGCGAUUGUCGUGCAUCACGUGAGGAUACGUAAAUUUUUACAUCAGAUACAAAACGUUGUAGGAGAAAUGUGUUUUAUCGAAAUUAUUGGUAGUACUUUGGUACUGUGUCUCUUAGGAUAUUACGUGAUUACGGGAUGGGAACGAAAUGAUGCACUAUCCUUCAUGACAUAUGCCAUAAUGCUCGUAUCCUUUACCUUUAAUAUUUUUAUAUUAUGUUAUAUUGGGGAAGUUCUAAGUAGUCAGGGGAGUAAGGUAAACACAACUUGCUGCACGAUCGAUUGGUAUUGCCUGCCUAGUAAAGAAGCUCGUUGUCUUGUCCUAGUAAUCGCCAUGGCCAGAUAUCCUACGAAGCUCACGGCGGGUAAAGUAAUCGAUCUUUCAUUCAGCAGCUUCGGUGCCGUUAUUAGAACUGCGAUGGCGUAUUUAAAUUUAUUGCGGACAGUUACUUUAUAACUGUGUGAAUAUUACAUUGUAUAUAUGAAUAUACAGUGUAUAUAAAAAACUUUGUUACAAUAUGCAAAAUAGGUAUUUGUAAUUGGAAAUCUUAAAUGGCAUCCAUACUAAUUUGAUUUCGUCUUUA